AGGGCAGGCAGCACGCAGGCCGGCAGCCGGAGUACCAGCCCAGCGAUGGUCUCUGAGAUGAGCGAGCGCCAAGUGUUCCAAGCCUCGGAGCUUGCCUUCCUCCUGGAAAACUGCAGCUCUUCCUAUGACUAUGGAGAAAAUGAGAGUGACUCGUGCUGUGCCUCCCCGCCAUGCCCGCAGGACUUCAGCCUGAACUUCGACCGCGCCUUCCAGCCGGCCCUGUACGGUCUCCUGUUCAUGCUGGGGCUGCUGGGCAACGGUGCCGUGGCAGCUGUGUUGCUGGGCCAGCGGGCGGCCCGCAGUAGCACUGACACCUUCCUGCUCCACCUGGCCGUGGCCGACAUUCUGCUGGUGCUGACCCUGCCCCUCUGGGCGGUUGACGCCGCCAUGCAGUGGGUGUUCGGGUCCGGCCUAUGCAAGGUGGCCGGGGCCCUCUUCAACAUCAACUUCUAUGCCGGGGCCCUCCUGCUGGCAUGCAUCAGCUUUGACCGCUACCUGAGCAUCGUGCACGCCACCCAGCUCUACCGCCGGGGUCCCCCGGCCCGUGUGACCCUCACCUGUGGGGUCGUGUGGGGGCUCUGUCUGUUCUUCGCCAUCCCCGACUUCAUCUUCCUGUCAGCCCAACGAGACGAGCGCCUCAAUGCCAUCCACUGUCAGUACGACUUCCCACGGGUGGGCCGCACAGCCCUGCGCAUCCUGCAGCUGGUGGCUGGCUUCCUGCUGCCCCUGCUCGUCAUGGCCUACUGCUAUGCACGCAUCCUGGCCGUGCUGCUGGUUUCCAGGGGCCAGCGGCGGCUGCGAGCCAUGAGGCUGGUCGUCGUGGUUGUGGUGGCCUUCGCCCUCUGCUGGACCCCCUACCACCUGGUGGUGCUGGUGGACACCCUCAUGGAACUGGGCGCCUUGGGCCGCAACUGUGGCCGGGAGAGCCACGUGGAUGUGGCCAAGUCGGUCACCGCGGGCCUGGGCUACAUGCACUGCUGCCUCAACCCACUGCUCUACGCCUUCGUGGGCAUCAAGUUCCGUGAGCAUAUGUGGAGGCUGCUGGCACGCUUGGGCUGCAGCAGCCAGAGAGCACACCAGCGGCAGCCGUCGUCCUCCCGCCGCGAGUCAUCAUGGUCCGAGACCACAGAGGCCUCCUACUCGGGCUUGUGA